AUGGAAGCUGACACGAUCGCCAACGAACCGCUCCACAGGUGGCGCUUGAACACCGAUCAUUCUCACGUCGCCUUGGAAUGGCUCCACUUGCAACAGCACCAGUUACCGGAUGAAGACGAUUAAAUCCGACAUGCGGGCAAUUCUGGUGAGUACUGGAUUCCCCAUUCCUGGUACACGGUAGACAGAUACCAUGAGAAAACCAUCACUGUCUACGAGUUCCAAGGCCGCUUAUGGCAUGGUUGUCCGGCCUGCUAUUCCAAUUGCACCGAAUCCCACCGCCGCCUCAACGAUAGGUGCUUUGACGACGUGUACCGUUGCACGCAGGUCAAACUCGACUUACUGCGUGAUCGAGGUUUCAGGGUAGUUGAAAUUUGGGAGUGUCAAUGGGAAAAACUGAAACGAGAACGCGAAGAUGUUUGCGCGUUCAUUGACGCCCUAAAUCUCUCGGCCCCUCUAAAUCCUCGGGAUGCGUUCUUCGGAGGUCGUACGAACGCCUUACGACUCUACCACAAGGUAGAUGAGACUCACGGGGAAAAGACUCCUUACUUCGAUUUCAUGUCUCUGUACCCGUGGGUUAACAAGAACGGUAAGUACCCUCUGGGACAUCCUGAGAUCAUCUCUCAACCCGGUCAUACAGACCUUUCUCGUUAUUUCGGCCUAGCGAAAUGCACGGUGCCUCCACCCCAAGGUCUCUUCCAUCCUCUGCUACCUUACCGUCACGCCAGCAAGCUCACCUUUCCGCCCUGUGCCUCCUGCGUGGCCGAGGAAAUGUCCAAACCCUUUCUGGAGCGUACUCCCGUCUGUACUCACACGGAUUCGGAGCGCCAACUCGUAGGGACCUGGUGCACACCAGAACUCCUCAAGGCUAUUGAGAAGGGAUAA